GAAUUUUUUAAAAUACAAUUUUUAAACUCGAAUCUUCCCAAACGAAGUCAAACUGUAAAAAGAGAAAUAUAAUUAUUAUAGUGUACACAGUGUGAAAUAAUGGUUCUUAUUUGGUGUAUAUAUGAAGCGUCUAUUAUCUGAAUUAGAGGUUCGCGGUCUCGAAUCGGUUGAUCGAGUGCCAGCAUCGAGAACGACGUCAGUGCCGCGGCUCACUUCCGGUCCUCUGCGCCGGUAAAACGAAAUUCUAACCGAACGAACGAUUAUCUCGAAACUUUUCAACGAAUCAUUCAAUACUUCGAAGCAGUUUUUUCAAAUUUGAAGUAAUUACAACAAGUCUUCCUUGUUUUGCGAUGUAUUAUAAUACAGUGUAAUUGGUGCAGAAGCUCGUUGAUCUUCUCAACCGUUGUAAUCAAAUAAUUGCUGUCGAAGAUGGUACGCGUUGCACGUUUGUCCCACACGAAAGAAGAAGCGUCAAAGAUGAGGGAUGCGGUUCCACAGAAAGGAACUAACAAUAAUAAUCAUAGCAGUAAUAAUAACAAUAAUAACAACAACAAUAAUAACGUAACCACGUUAAAAAGUAAACCUUCCUUGGAAAUUUAUCGUCCUCCAGGAGGAAGAACGGAAGGAACUACGGCGAACACGACUAAUCCACGAUUAAACGUGCAUGCCAAGGAGUUCACUAUGAAGCAGAACGAUUCGCAUCCUUCUAAGUCUCGGACAAAUGCUUCAGAGCGAUCUCCGUAUUAUUUGCAACACAGCAAGUCGAGUGGCAACGUGCAUCGGUAUCUUUAUGCUCAGCAGCAACAACAAAUACAACAUACCUUUCAGCAACAUCAUCAUCAGACAUCUCGUCACUCUCAGAGCGGUCACCAUUCGACGGGAUCUGCAUUACGACAGUCACAUCCGCUCGAUACCUCAGCAUCAAGUGGAAAUAUAUUACAUGGCUCGGGUAGGGUCCACUUCAACGUAGAUCAAAACGAUGUCAAAGCGAAUGCAGCAAAACCUGCUAGGCUCACAAAAUCGUUAUCCUUUGUUUCUACUUAUGGACUGAAACGAUCGAAAAGCUUGAAUGCAGCCGACGUGUUGGCCGCGAAGGCGGUGAAUAUUUCAGACGCGUCUGAAUUGGGAAAAUUUCCACCUGUGAUUCAGGACACGCUUCUGAGAGCUAUAGAAGAUCCAAAUCUAUUAAAUGCUCGAACUCUAAUGGAACUCGUGCGACAUAUACUGGAGAGGGUGGUCGAGAACCGAAAGUAUGCUGAACCAGCAGCGAAGAUUUGCAUCACUAUUAUAGAGAAAGAAACAAAGGAAACUUUUUUGGAAUCCUUAUUAAACACGUGUCAGCAAUGGUAUCAAGACCGAGUUAAGAUACUCUACGACGGCUCCAACUAUCAUCGUUACUCCGCCUUCAUGACGUUUUUGAACGAGAUGUAUUGUCAGCUAAAACGGAGGCAACUUCAGUUAAAGACACAACAGGAGGGCGUUCCUCCCGGACGUGUUCUUCUCACACUGCUUUGGAAGUGUUGCCAAGAUUGCUUACAGCCUCCAGUUGUAAAUUCUUUGGCUGAGACUGACUGUCUGUUCUUCAUCCUAACCUGCAUCGGUAAAGACCUGGACACUGAAUUACCUGCCCAGUUGCAGCAAUUGCUUGGAAGUUUAAGAGACGCUUUUCUCGCGGAAGAUACAAUACUACCUUCAGUCAGGAAGACCCUUUUACAACUGAUCGAACUUCACGCCGCGCAUUGGCAGCUCCCAGCACCGGCAGUCGUUUAUUAUUAUCCUGGAUCGACCUCGAAAUGAUGUUCUCGCCCUCUUGAUCCUUCCGUCCGUUCGUUGGUUUUCUGUGUGGAUACGUGUAGACUUGUAACGUGCGUGUGAGUCCGUUAACAGAAUUACUUGUAAUUGAACACAUGCAAACUGUAUGGACCACGUGAAUAAAAAGGAAACGAAUGCUGUCAGUGGAGGCUGCAGGGCGUAAGAAGCUAUUUGAAGGUGACAGCCUGGAGCAACGUCGUUCGUUUAUUGGUUUUACAUGUCCCAUUAUCAUGGAAAUAUUAAUUUAUGGAUAGUGGCAUAGCUUUUGAAUGUUGGUUGUUUUUUUAAAACAAUUAUAUCGCUUAAAUUUAUUAGAGGAUCUUACAAUUAAAGGAGAAGUUGGGAUAUUGUGAGACGCUAUAAUAUUUGAUAUUAUAGAUUCAUUUUCAAUAUUUAGUUCGUAUAGUAACUUAUGCAAUGUUGAUAACCCUCUAAUAAUUUUAAGUCCUAUUAACCAUUUGCGCUAGAAUAAUGUGUUAUGCACAUCACUACUUAAAUAUCUUAAAUGGGAAAAGGAUAUACAUAACACGUUGUUCGAUUUUUCUCUAUUUAUAUUUCAAAAUUGAAAUUCACAACGAAAAUAAUGUUAUCAAUCAAUCGUAUUACAACCAUAUUACGUGCACACAUUAUAAGAUUUUAUACUAAGUACUAGCUCGCUGUCGAUUGUUAUGGUUGGCUGUGUUAAGAACGUCUAUCGAUCAAUUACCAGUGCAAGUGGUUAAGAACAUUAGUUUAUUUACACGAUUGUAACGUAGCGUCUUGAAUGCGUAAUAAAUGGUUCCAAAUUGCAACUAGGAACCAAAUUGCUGUCUGUGACGCGUUCUUGCAAAAUCUUUGUUAAUGUUCAGGCGAUUAUAGAUGGCUAAUGCGUCAGCUUUGCAAGAUGCGAAUGACCGUGAUCUCGUUGUUGCCACAAAGAAUGAUUGUGCCUCGUGCGAUUUUGCAAAAAAUGAUUUACGAUGAUCGGUAUUGCGCUUCUCUGUGAGAGAUGUUGCAAUUCGCGGUCGAUGAUAUUCACAGUCGUUUUGUUCGAACGAAUUCUUGGAUGUCCAUAAUCCAACGACGCGACGAUAGACGCGUUUUCUAACGGUUCGAAUUAGAAAUUACUGCGUUAGUAAGUCAAUGGGUUAGGAAAUCAGGGUCAGUCGAAACCAGUGCGUUGUUUAUCCGAAUUAUCCCGCGAACAUCGCAAGAUCUGAGGGAUUCAAAGGACAGGUUAAGGUUCACGGUUGAACGGGGACCUUAAGAAUUAGGCAUGUAUAUGCGUAACGAAGCGACGAAUGAUUUUACGGGGCCGAUAUUUGCAGAGAGUACGUCAUCUUUGGAGAAACGAAGAACAUGGAUGAUCACGAUCUUUGAUAGACAUAUUCUAUUUCGAAUUUUCCUCAACUUUUUCCGUGAAUACGAUGCUAUACACGAAGUACCUUAAAAAAAGUAAAAAUGAAGAAUAAGAAGAGACGAAUCGAAUCAAAAAAUGAUAAAAAUUACCGUCGAACUUGUCGAACGAUACAAUUUACAAAAAACGACCCUUACGUGGAACGAUCUGAACGUUUGCGAUAAUGAUGAUCGUUAUAUAGUUUUCUGUUCUUAAGCUUGUGGAGUAAAUGAUGAAUAAAAAAAUGUAAAAUGUUAUUGUACCUAACGGUGUGUCCUGGGUGCAUUAAAAUUCGAAAUCGAAUGAUUUUGUUUCUGUACAUAUUACACAAUAUCGAUCACACGACACUUGAGCAAAGUAGCGCAUGUGAAUUACUUAAAUUAAAAUACAGGUGCACGAUUCUUUUUUGUUUCAA